AUGACGGUGGGACCAAAUCAGACAGCUUCUGAUACAAACGCAGUGAACGGUAAUCAGAAACUGCCUCGUUUACAAAUUAUCGAUGGAAACCAAAACUUUUCAAAAGAUUUACAACGAUUCAUGAAAGAUGAAUGGCAUCUUGCUGAGCAUGGAUUCAAUUACAACUUGGUUGCAGUGUUUGGCUCCCAAAGUACCGGAAAAAGUACUCUACUCAAUCGACUUUUUGGUACUGAUUUCGAUGUAAUGAGCGAAACAGCAAGACGCCAAACAACAAAAGGCAUUUGGAUGAGUCGUGGCAAAGAUAUGGAUGUAUUGAUUAUGGAUGUCGAAGGAACGGAUGGACGUGAACGUGGCGAGGAUCAAGACUUUGAGAGAAAGAGUGCUCUAUUCUCAAUGGCUACAUCCAACGUUAUCAUCGUCAAUCUGUGGGAGCAUCAAGUGGGUUUAUACAACGGGGCCAACAUGGGACUAUUGAAGACUGUAUUUGAAGUCAAUCUGCAAUUAUUCCAAGCUGCAAGAGGAAAAGAAAAGACACUCUUGUUUUUCGUCAUAAGAGAUCACGUUGGCACAACCCCCCUGGCAAAUCUCUCCGCUACAUUGACUGCAGACUUGGAGCGCAUCUGGGAUGGGGUAGCAAAGCCCGAAGGAUUAGAGUCUUGUAAGAUUAGCGACUAUUUUGACACAAUGUUCACAGGUUUACCACAUAAGGUUUUGCUUCCAGAAAAAUUUGAUCAAGAAGCUCUUAAACUAAGAGACAGAUUUACCAAUCCCAAUCACAAGGAUUUUGUAUUCAAACCAAAUUACAGCAAGAGAGUACCGGCUGAUGGUUUUCAUGUUUACGCUGAAGGAAUUUGGGAUCAAAUCAUGGCCAACAAAGAUCUCGAUCUACCCACUCAACAAGAAUUACUUGCACAAUAUCGUUGUGACGAAAUUGCCGGCGUUGCAUUUGAAGCUUUCUCGGCCAAGAUUAAAGGGUUCAGGCAGCCAAUUGAAUCCGGAAAAGUACUGGAAGAUCUCGGUCCACAGAUGGAAGAGAUUAGAAAUACAGCCAUCAAGCACUUCGACAAGGAUGCUUCCCGAUAUCACGCUGAGGUUUACAAGAGGAAGCGCGCAGAAAUACUCAACAAGACCAAUUCUACAUUACACGUGUUCUAUCUCGGCCAAUUGAAGAAUCUUACCAAGAAAGCGUUAACUACGUUCAAGACCAUAGUUCAGGAAAGACUUAAGGGUGAUAAGUAUGAUUUUGCAGAAGUAGUCCAGGAAGCACGCCAAAAAUCUGAAGGACUUUUCUUGGAAGGAGCUAAAGCCAUUGUCUUGACCGAAACCGAUUGGGCGUUUGACGAGGACUAUUCUCAGUUGCAAGAAGAGAUAAGCGAGAUAGCCGCCAGAUCUCGCGUAGAAGAGACAAAGAAGAUGGUGAAAGCAUUAGAGAAAUCGUUCGAGAAUCAAGUAAAUGAGCACAUUGGACUGUAUCUUAAUAAACCAUCUCCAGAAAUGUGGUCAAAGAUUCUUACAAAGUACAAGAGCAUUCGUGACGGCAUCGAAGAUCAGCUUUUGAAGAAAGCCAAGAGCUUUAAUUCAACGGAAGAAGAAAAUGCCCAAACCAUUCAUAACUUUAGAAAGAGGUCAUGGCAGAUGUUGCGGAAAAAGAUUGACGACGAAGUUGCAGACAAUGUAUUUUUACUUAAAUUGCGCGAGAGAUUCGAGGAGAAAUUCCGAUAUGAUGAUGCGGGUGUUCCAAAGGCUUUACAACUGAUUCCACUGUUUGCUCAAGUUGAGCUCCCGAGUGACAUGGACUUGGGCGUGCCAUCCGACGAAGAAAUGAACUUUGAGGAGACGUUAGUUGUGAUUUCGGAAACAAGGCAACACGAUUUAACAACGCGAUUCAAACGUGAAUCUGAUGCAUUCUACCUUGAAGCCAAGCGUUCGGUUGUUGCCACGCAAGCACGUAUUCCAGUCUAUAUCUACUUAUUCAUGCUGGCCCUCGGUUGGAACGAGUUAAUGUCGAUACUUUUCUCCCCUACAUAUCUCAUCUUGUUCUCGUUCAUCGGUAUGCUUUUGACUAUCCUCUACUAUCUCAAUCUGUUCGGCCCAUUGGAAAGCUUUCUCCGACUGGUCGUGUCCGAGUUUCUUGGACUUGGACGAGAAAAAGUCACGGGUUAUAUUGAGCAGAGGGGAUAUCCUAAAGUAGCUGAAAGGGUAGGGAAGAUUCUAGGAGAAGAACCGAAAAAACUAAAGACUAAUUAG